AGGAACCAAUCAAACAUUUGUGCGUGUCGAUUAUCCUUCUAGUGUUGCGUUAUACAUGUUCUCCAUCUGAUAUUUGUGAGGCUGCUAAUUUGCCAUACGCAGUUUCCGUAUAACGUUACAAUCUAACCGAUUCGACGAUUCUUUGAGACAGCAUGUUCACUCAAUUAUCCUGAAAUGCAAUUUUACGUUAUUUAAAAAACAAGUUGCGUAAUAAUCUAAAGGGUGGGCGUUCUUGUACAAGCCACGGGCAAGAUUUGCCCGUUUACCAAGCACUCUCGUUUGCUCUUUGCGAUUGAAGUGACUAUGUUUGGAUCCAAGCUCUUCGUGAUUAAAUUUUACUAGUAAGUUAAGUUAGCUGGAAUUUUGAUUUUAGUGUUGAAUAGGCGAUUCAUUGUCGUGCCCGGCAUCAAGAUGUUGCAGUGCGUAGUGGAAGAGCGACUCGUUCAGAUAUAAAAAUUCAUCAAGGUCACGUCUCAGUCAUAUAAUAUUUAUCAAUCGGACAUCUUAGAAGCAAUUCCUAGUCGCCUGAACAUCGCAAAGUUAAAUUAGCUGACUCCCCUUAUUGUGUCCUAUAUUUUCAUGUAUCUAAAAUCAAAUUAGACAAAAGCAUUGUUGUGUCUACAUUUUUUAACAUUUUUCACCUAAAGCCAUUUAUGUUCUAUAAUCACUUCGUCCAUUCCGGUAUUUGCUAUAUAGGGCUGUUGUAGAAUUGUCCAGCAUUGCCUGUCCUCGUUAGCCUUCGGCUGUUUUGUCCCAUCGUUCCCUAACCCUUGACUUGUAGAAUUGUCCAGCAUUGCCUGUCUUUGUUAGCCUUCGGCUGUUUUGUCCCAUCGUUCCCUAACCCUUGACUGUAGGCGACCCUCUCCCCCUUUGCCCUCUCGAGAGAAGAAGAACGAGAAAAGCAGAGAGUAACAUGGGUGCUUGUGGAAUGGACGUUGAUUUUGGCUCGGGCCUAAAUACAGAACCUUAAUUCGGCUUUCGGUGUUUUAUUUCGACUUUUCCGCAACAGGGCGGGCGCUAUGGUCGCCACAGAACGUUGUAAACGAAUUGUUUAAAUACUUGUUGGACGUCCAGAGACCGAAUCGCUCUGUGUUUGAUCAACUGUCAAAAAGCUGCAGUACCUAAAUUGAAAAUUACUUUUCCUCUAUCGUCCUGUAGCGCACGUUUGUUGUCACUUGCAACACCUGUUCAUUCUCAUUCAACUCAAUCGGCUAUGCAGAAUCGCAAAUGGAUAUUAACCAGGACUUGGUUGCUAUUGAGCGCAUUUAUAAAGCAGCUAUCAACACCCCUGUUUAUUAUCUGUCUACCAACUUAGCUCGUCAUUGGUUCUGAAAAUGAUGGCGAUUUUAACUUUUGUGGCCGCAGUUUUACUCGUCCUAGCGGGUGUUAGCCAAGCACAGAAUUCCUACUGUCGCAUCACUACUUGCCGUGUGCCGGGCACAGAAAACACUCUCUGCAAGUUUUCGAAUACUAGUUGGGGAGCGGCUUGCCAACCGGCAUAUCCAACAAAAUCUACCAUAAGCGCAGCAGAAAUCACCAUUAUCUUGAACGUGCAUAACAGUUACAGACGUCAGGUAGCAAAGGGACUCGAGGCUCGCGGGGCUCCAGGUCCUCAACCACCAGCUUCCAACAUGAGACAAUUGAAAUGGGACAAUGAGCUCGCCGUCAUGGCUCAAACACACGCCCAACAAUGUGUCUACAAGCACGACUCUUGCAGAAAUGUUGCACGCUUCGUUGUUGGACAAAAUAAUUACAUUUCCGGAUCUUCCAUCGACAAUUUGGCAACUUCCGACUGGAAAACGGCGAUCAAGGCCUGGUACGAUGAAGUGCUUUACAUGAAAAGCGCUUACGUUAGGAAUUUCCCGUUGCGUCCGAAUCCACCGAUACCAAACCCACCAGGUGCUAUUGGUCACUACACGCAAGUUGUAUGGGCUAACACCUACACCGUAGGCUGCGGAGUCGCCUACUAUAAAUCUACGGCCCUUUUUGGGCCAAAGCUUCCCUACAAUAAAUUUUACGUCUGCAAUUAUGGGCCAGCGGGAAAUUUUAUCAAUGGACCCGUCUAUGCCCAAGGAUCGGCUGGAUCCGCCUGCCCUGCAGGGACGAAAAACAAUGAUGGCUUAUGCGCUUGAGCUGAAAAGCUCCUGCUUUUUUUCGGUCUGGUUAAUUUGAUAUUAAUGAAUGUAUUCUAUUUGUAUCAAGACCGGUCACUGAAAUUUCGAUGUGAAAGGAAACAGUACACGAAUAAGAAUUGGCUUA